AAAGCAUGUGCUGAGAAUAAAUGUAAAUAUUAAAUACAUUUUGAACAAAAAUAUCUGAAUAUAAUAAACUGCAAUGGCACGUCGUCCUGAGCAUGCGGCUCCGCCUGAAAUAUUCUACAAUGAAGAUGAGGCGCAAAAAUAUACCAACAAUACCCGCAUUAUCGACAUCCAGGUACAGAUGUGCGAGCGGGCCAUCGAAUUGCUGGCAUUACCAGAGGAUGAAAAUCAGCUGAUACUGGAUAUCGGUUGCGGCUCAGGUUUGUCAGGAAGUGUUUUGGAAGAUCAAGGGCACCUCUGGAUCGGUAUUGAUAUUGCCAAAGCUAUGCUAAAUGUAGCUGUAGAAAGGGAAGUCGAAGGCGAUCUUGUGCUGGGAGACAUGGGUCAAGGAAUGCCCUUCAAGGCUGGGACAUUUGACGGAGCCGUUUCUAUUUCGGCAUUGCAAUGGCUCUGCAACGCAGAUAAAAAAUCGCACGUACCACAAAAGCGAUUGUACCAAUUUUUCAGCACACUAUUUUCGUGUUUGACACGUAACGCUCGAGCAGUGUUUCAGUUCUACCCAGAAAACUCGGAACAAGUUACUUUAAUUACAACACAGGCAAUGAAAGCGGGAUUCUAUGGAGGUCUGGUGGUUGACUAUCCAAACUCUGCCAAAGCGAAAAAAUAUUUUCUUGUCCUUAUGACUGGUGGCAUGGUUAAACUACCGGCUGCUCUGGGAACUAAUGAAGAUUCCAAUCACGUUCCGUACAGUCGUAAGCGCGAGUUAGCGAAAAAUGCCCGAGGAAAACCGCUAAAGAAAUCUCGUGACUGGAUAAUGCAGAAAAAAGAACGAAGAAGGCAGCAAGGGAAUGAAACUCGCAGCGAUUCUAAGUACACAGCACGCAAGCGAAGCGGGAAGUUUUGAAGCACUCUUAUUUUUCAUUAAACUGAAACUAAUGUAAAACCUACCAGAUGCUUUUUCUUUUUUCAAACCCCCGAUUUUCAAAAUAGAAAAAACAAUACAUAAAUCUUUAGUUUGAAUACCUACAAAAUGG